CCAGGUGGCAACGUUAAAGUCAGAUUGUUUAUAUUGCUUGUGGUCGAAUUCCCUAUUUUGUAUUACAUUUUUGCUUUUUGCCAUGCAGAUCACAAUCAAAGUACUGAAAGGCCAGGACUGCACGCUGGAUGUCAUGCCGACAUCCACGAUUCUGGAAGUGAAACAACAGAUCGAAAAGCAACUCCAUAUAUCGGCGGCUAAUCAGAAGUUAUUGCUGCUGGGUCGUCCCCUGAAUAAUGAGCAAACCAUUUCAUCCUAUCCGAACAUCAAAGACGGCUCCAAACUUAACCUUGUGGUCAUGAAACCCUGCCUGAGGGACAGCAUUUUGCGGGGCUUUCGGAAGCACUAUCCGGAAAACCAGGCUGAACGUCUCACUAAUGAGUUUAUGGCUGAUUUUGAGAGGAAAAUUAACGAACAGAGCCUGGAUGAUUUGGAAAGAUUGGCGGACAGUAUAAUGAGCAGAGCAGGCACAUAGCCUGACUAAAAACCCACCCUUUAUAUGACUAAAAUCGAUCCCUCAACAUGUUGUUUUUAUUUCCCCCCAAAAAAACGAGGUAGUAAAAAUUAAGGCUUGACUGAAAAAGUA